AUGUCUUCUUCUCUCACCUCCACCAUCUCGGCGAGUCUGACUCCAGAGUAUGACGCACUCUGGCAUAAGCUCCAUCCACUUCAACAUGAAAUGAUUAUAACUGGCGUUGGUCGCCGUGUCUAUCCGCUUCUGGAGUAUCAGUUCAGUGGCAUGAAUCCAGAAAAAAUGUACACAACUUCGGUUCACUUUGAAUACGUCGACGACAAAAAGCUGAGAUUCUGUAAGGGAAAGUACGUCGAGUCGGUAUCCCAAGAAAAGAAGGAAGCCCCACGGAAGGUACAACACAAGUCAGGAGCAAAGUUGGGAUCCAAAUGGAUGGCCGCACCUGUUAAUUUCGAAGAGUCCGAAUCACAAAUAGAAAGACGAGAGAAGACGAGGAUGGCUCAAAUAUACUUGCCAGUGUUGACUAUCAGCGAAGAGGGAGGAUCGAGCUACGAGAUCAGACUUUCACACACCGUUUUUAUCACAGCCACUUUGUACCACGUAAGUUUUAAAAUAUACAGGUCAACGAAAAAUAAUUUAUUAAAUUUUCAGAUUGAUGAAGUUUGCAAGAUCAAGACCGAAUCAAACGAAUAUGCCAAAUCGAAUAGAGAGGAUCGCCGUCGUUCCAGAGCUGUCGAGUCGUCGGUCACUAGCCCUCCAGCCAAGAAAAGCAGAAAAGAAGCUUCAUCUCAAGACACAUCCGUCCAAGUUGUGCCUGAUGUUCCAAAUUCGAUUCCAAGCUUAUCAGCUAUUGAUCCUGCUCUCAUGAGUACUCUUCCAUUCCCAUCUGCCGGCCUCUCCACUCAAGUUCCAACUUCAUCGGCCAUGCCAACAAUCCAAGACGUUCCACCAGCCAAUCCAUUGAAUGCCUUUUCCGCGAUCCCAUGGUUGAAUCCACUAAACAAUCCAUAUCUGUUGGCUGCUAUGGGACUUCAAUUCCCAACCAUCCCAUUCCCGUAUUUGCCUUCAAAGUCGUUUGCACAGCUCACUCCAACUUCUUCCACCUCUCCAGACUCUCAGCCCACACAACCGGAAAAUCCAGUAAAGACUGCAUUUAUCGAUAAGGUCAUCAAAGAUGAAGUUAAUGUCUGA